AUGGCCCUUCCGGUCUCCCUUGCCUUUGCCGCACCACCACCACCGGUUGACAUUCAAGCAAUUCGGAUUAACCAGCACCAGAUCAAGGUGACCUGGCGUAUGCCCGAUGGGGACCAGGCUACAGGCUCGGGCGCAGGCUCAAGGCUCCCCAAAAGACGGGUAGCUGUCCAGGGAUUUCGUCUGCUCUACGCCCCCAAUGAGAGUCCCUACGAUUCCGACCGCUGGACCACCUACGAUGUGGGUCCCGUGGAGAUGACCAUCAUCUCACACCUGGACAGCAAGAGUCCCUACAUAAUACGCGUGAAAUCCCGCGGACCG